AGAAUGCGUGUGGCGGCUUUAGCCGUCAUGGUAGCUUUUUAUUUAGCCGGAGUAUUACUACUCAGUCUUUCCACAUAUCGAGAAAGAGAGAGGGACAUUGAACCAAAUGCAAUAAGAAACAUAGGAGCAGAUCGAGGUCGCAGUACGGGUGGCUUAUUUCGGAGACCUCGUUUACGAUGGUGUACACACCUAAAAUAUAAGCAACAACCAUCUCCAGUCUCUAAUGGACUAUUUUCAGGACAAUUUUCAAGUAGUUCUUCUUCAAGUACGAAUCCAGUCAAUAAUAGUGAGAAACCAGUAGCUCUUGUAUCAUUUCCGGGCAGCGGAAAUACAUGGAUGCGUUAUUUGCUACAACAAGCCACUGGAAUUUUAACUGGUUCAGUAUAUAAAGACCACGGCCUAAUGAAAAGUGGUUUUCCUGCUGAGCAAGUGAAAAAUAAUUCCGUUUUAGUUGUAAAGACACACGAAUGGGGCAACGACGCUAGAAGUCAAUUUUCUAAAGCGAUACUUUUAGUACGAUCACCAGCCGAUGCAAUUUUAGCGGAAUUUAAUAGACAAAGUGGCGGACAUAUAGGAUUUGCCUCAAUAGGACGAUACAAGCGAGCAAAAGGGAAAUAUUGGCAGCAAUUCGUCACUGACAAAUUAUGGACAUGGGAACAAACGAAUUUAGAUUGGGGCAAAAAUUUCACAGGGCCGGUUGAAAUAGUACACUUCGAAAAACUAGUAGAAAAUGUUGAAGGCACAUUGCGAAAAUUACUUCAGUUUCUGGAAUAUCCAAUAGAUGAAUCUUUACUGUCUUGUGCAGUGUCUCGAAAAGAAGGUAUUUACCGAAGAAGCAAAAAAUUAAACAAUUUUGAUCCAUAUUCAGCAGAAAUGAAACAAGCUCUCACAAAGAAACGGGAGAUAGUUUACAAACAACUUGGUAUUGAGAUCAACAACGCCACAAACACAAAUCCAUCCUAGUUAAUGGUCCAAAAUUUUAAUAGAAUUGCUAAAAUGUUCUGCAAUUUUCGGUUAUGCUGACAGGAUCAAAAAAAAUUUAACCAAAAUUUAAACCAAAGAUAUUAAAAAGAAGAUUGAUCAUAACAGUUAUAUCAAAGUGAUUAAAAGCAGAUCUUGGCGAUGGGUGACAAUGCUGGUGAAAUUGAUUGGAAUGCUGAUGAAUAGGAUCGAGGGUGAAUUUUGGACUAACAAAUUAUUUUGUCGGUGUUCUGACAUAGUAGGCCGCAAUAAAGUUUCUAGUUCAGCUCUCAUAUACUUAUAUGAGUAAAAUAUUAUACAAAAUCGUCUAUCCAUUCAAUAGAUGAAGAAAGCAUAACUAGAAAUCAUAACUCAUCUCAUUCCAAAUUUAAACAGCAAACCACUUAAGUAAAACAAACACAUAUUAAGACAUUAAAUACUCG